AUGGCCAACAAUUCGUAUAUGAAUAACAUGGAGGCAUUGGAAGCUGCUUGCUCCAUCCUGACGGACGGUUACCAACCUGUACAGGUGGUGGAGAGUGAGGCUCUGACUCCUAAAGAAGGUGAAGGGGAAGAUGCUCCGGCUCCUAAAGAAUGUGAGGGGAGGAGGCUCAGGCUCCGGGGUCAGUAUCCAACCGGACUACUGCUCAUGUGUCCCGACAUUGCUCAAUGGCAUCGCUUAACUAAAUUUGUUUAUAUUAAAUAG